AUGAAGGUCAAGUGCCAGUACCGCAACGGGAAGGAGGUCGUGGCCGGGGGGGUCGCUGUUCCGGCGGGAGGGACCGUGCAGGACCUGAUUGACGCCAUCUUCAAGGCGAAGAAGCGGCUCCACCCCACGCGGCAGCGGCUGUCGCUGCCCCCUGCGCCCGAGCAGACCCGCGGCGCCGUCCUGGAGGCAGGAAAGAAGCUGUCAGACUACGGCCUCCGCGACGGCUCCGUAGUGCAGGUGAAGGACCUGGGUCCGCAGGUGUCAUACCGGGGGGUGUUUUUCUGGGAGUACUUCGGGCCGAUGGUCAUCUACCCGCUCUUCUUCUACUUCGCCGACAAGAUCUACCCCGCCCUCGGGCUGCCCGCCCCCGAGCUGCAGCAACAACAGUUCCUGGCGAUGGCGUACUGGGUCUUCCACUUCGCGAAGCGCAUUUUGGAGACGUUUUUCGUCCACAAGUUCUCCAACGCCACGAUGCCGGUUGCCAACCUGUGGCGCAACUGCUCGCACUACUGGCUCGCGGGCGCCUACGUGGGGUACUUCAUCAACCACCCGUCGUACACCGCGGCCCCGCUGGCCCAGGUCCAGGCCCUCCUCGCAGCUGCCCUGGUCUGCCAGCUCGGCAACCUCACUUGCCACGUCAUGCUCGCGCGGCUGCGGUCCGGCGGGAAGACGGGCUACCAGAAGCCGACGGGCUUCCUGUUCGACUUCAUCGCGUGCCCGAACUACACGUGCGAGAUCUGGGGGUGGCUGCUGUUCACUGCAGCCACGCGCACGCUCACUGCGGGGGUCUUCGCGCUCGCGGGCGCGCUCCCGAUGAUCGACUGGGCGCUCAAGAAGUACAAGCGCCUCAGGAAGCAGUUCGGCGACGACUACCCCAAGCGCUUCGUCAUCUUCCCGCCUCUGCUGUGA